UCCUUGUCCUAACCUUGCUUGUUGAAGCUUCAGAGUAUUGGUUGUUUCAUUUUUUCUUGGGUUUUACAUGGCACUCCUUCUGUUCACUUCUUCGCGGUUUGACUGGCACCGUGAAUUUGUUUUAGAUCCUGAAGGAAAGUAUGAAGCUUUGGAAAAAUAUGGAAAAGAUUUGACUGCAAUGGCUAAGGAAGGAAAGCUUGACCCAGUGAUAGGAAGGGAUGAUGAAAUUCGCAGGUGCAUCCAGAUCCUCUCUAGGAGAACAAAGAACAAUCCUGUGUUGAUUGGUGAACCUGGUGUUGGAAAAACUGCAAUCUCUGAAGGGCUUGCCCAAAGAAUUGUGCAAGGGGAUGUCCCUCAAGCAUUGAUGAACCGUAAGCUGAUAUCACUUGACAUGGGUGCACUCAUAGCUGGGGCCAAAUAUCGGGGAGAAUUUGAGGAUAGACUGAAGGCUGUACUUAGGGAAGUAACAGAAUCAGAAGGCCAAAUUAUCCUCUUCAUUGAUGAGAUUCACACAGUUGUAGGGGCAGGUGCCACAAAUGGAGCAAUGGACGCAGGCAAUCUUCUGAAACCUAUGCUUGGUCGAGGAGAAUUGCGAUGUAUUGGGGCAACAACACUGGAUGAGUAUCGUAAAUAUAUUGAGAAAGAUCCAGCCCUGGAACGUCGUUUCCAGCAAGUGUAUGUGGAUCAACCAUCAGUAGAAGAUACAAUUUCUAUACUCAGGGGACUGCGUGAGAGAUAUGAGCUGCAUCAUGGAGUCCGUAUUUCUGACAGUGCACUUGUGGAAGCUGCAAUCUUGUCUGACCGUUAUAUCAGUGGCCGGUUUUUACCUGACAAAGCUAUUGACCUAGUUGAUGAAGCAGCUGCUAAAUUGAAAAUGGAAAUCACUUCAAAGCCAACUGCCCUUGAUGAGAUUAAUCGUUCAGUGCUAAAGCUGGAGAUGGAGAGGCUGUCUCUCACAAAUGAUACUGACAAAGCUUCAAGAGAUAGGCUGAGCCGCCUUGAGGCUGAGUUGUCCCUCUUAAAGGAGAAACAGGCUGAGCUGACUGAGCAAUGGGAGCAUGAGAAGACUGUCAUGACACGCAUUCAGUCAAUCAAGGAAGAGAUUGACAGGGUUAAUCUUGAGAUCCAGCAGGCUGAGCGGGAGUAUGAUCUCAAUCGUGCUGCUGAGCUGAAGUAUGGAAGUUUGAACUCCUUGCAGCGUCAACUUGCUGAUGCAGAAAAAGAAUUAGAUGAGUACAUAAAAUCCGGAAAAUCCAUGCUGAGAGAAGAAGUUACAGGAAAUGAUAUUGCUGAAGUAGUUAGUAAAUGGACUGGUAUACCAGUUUCGAAGCUUCAACAAUCAGAGAGGGAGAAACUAUUACAUUUGGAGGAAGAGUUGCAUAAACGCGUUGUGGGUCAAGAUCCUGCAGUUAGAUCUGUGGCUGAGGCCAUUCAGCGAUCUCGAGCUGGUCUCUCAGAUCCCCGUCGCCCAAUAGCCAGUUUCAUGUUUAUGGGUCCCACUGGUGUAGGGAAAACAGAGCUUGCUAAAGCACUUGCAUCCUACUUGUUUAAUACAGAAGAAGCCCUUGUACGCAUCGAUAUGAGUGAGUAUAUGGAAAAACAUGCAGUUUCUAGGCUUAUAGGUGCUCCACCUGGUUAUGUGGGGUAUGAAGAAGGAGGACAGCUGACCGAGAUAGUUCGCAGGAGGCCAUAUGCUGUAAUUCUUUUUGAUGAGAUAGAGAAAGCUCAUGGUGAUGUAUUUAAUGUUUUCCUUCAAAUUUUGGAUGAUGGGAGAGUUACCGAUUCCCAGGGUCGCACUGUAAGCUUCACCAACACUGUCAUUAUUAUGACCUCAAAUGUGGGUUCACAGUACAUUCUUAAUUCAGAUGAAGACACACCAAAGGAUAUAGCUUAUGAAACUAUUAAGCAGAGGGUGAUGGAGGCUGCAAGAGCAGUCUUUCGUCCUGAAUUUAUGAACCGGGUUGAUGAGUAUAUAGUUUUCCAGCCUUUGGACCGUGAACAGAUAAACACUAUUGUGAAAUUACAGUUGGAACGUGUGCAAAAGAGGAUUGCAGAUAGGAAAAUAAAACUUCAGAUGACAGAUGGUGCUGUUCAGCUUCUUGGUAGUCUUGGUUAUGAUCCAAACUAUGGUGCUAGACCAGUCAAAAGAGUGAUUCAGCAAAAUGUAGAAAAUGAACUUGCCAAGGGCAUCUUGAGAGGGAAGUUCAAGGAUGAGGAUGCUAUUUUAGUAGACACAGAGCUCACAGCGUUUGCAAAUGGCCAGCUCCCCAAGCAAAAGCUAGUCUUCAGAAGACUCGAUCGUGAUUCAGAAACUCAGGCAACUGAUAGCGAAGAAGCUUUAUCACAGACUGUCUGAGAGUUGUACUUAAGUUUUACCUAAAUACUAUAGGUUUUACACAAUUUUGUGCAGGGAAUUAAUACCUUAGCUCACACUCGAAUCUCUCACAUUGUAUAUGGCUUUUAACUUUUAUGUCACAAGUUAUCCUAUUAUUCUUAUACAGUGUGUCCUUACAAGUAA